UGUCACCGCCCCCUUUGCUUUGGGGCCUCGGGGGCCUCUCGCCGGAGUCCUCGGUCCUCCCCGGUCCUCCCGGGAGCUCUUCCAGCCCACACCCCCGCCUCUGGCUUGGAGUGGAAGGCGGAGACCGCGAGACUGGCCAGGGCGGAGGAAGGCGCGCGCGCGUGGGCCCGGGGGACGAGGUGAUGUCCACGGGCUCGGUGAGUGACCCCGAAGAGAUGGAGCUGCGGGGGCUGCCGCGAGUGUACCCGAUCUCCACGUCCAAGAGGUCGCCUGGGGGCCGCCCGGAGCGCGGCUACGCCUCUCCCAGUGACAAUUCCUCGGCGGAGGAGGAGGACCCCGACGGCGAGGAGGAGCCGUGCGCCCUGGGCGCCGCGGGCCACUGCCAGAGGAAGCGGCCGCGCGUGACUGGGGGCGGCGGCGGCACGGGUGGCAGUGCGGGCGGCCAGGGGAAAAGGUGUCUCCCGCCCAAGGGCUCAGCCGCCGAGUGCAAGCAGUCGCAACGGAACGCGGCCAACGCCCGCGAGCGCGCCCGGAUGCGAGUGCUGAGCAAAGCUUUCUCCAGGCUCAAGACCAGCCUGCCCUGGGUGCCCCCCGACACCAAGCUCUCCAAACUGGACACCCUGCGCCUGGCUUCCAGCUACAUCUCGCACCUGCGCCAGCUGCUGCAGGAGGAUCGCUACGAAAACGGCUACGUGCACCCGGUGAACCUGACGUGGCCAUUCGUAGUCUCUGGACGACCCGAUUCUGACACCAAAGACGUUUCAGCAGCCAAUAGAUUAUGUGGGACCACGGCUUAGACGGACUCCACGCACUUGGUGGGAUUUAUGAACCCAGAAUGUUUGGGGCCGAGGAGAGAAGGCAGAGCCCGCGAGAACACCAGAGGCUGGGCACCUGAUCUUGGGGUUCUCCUGUGGCGGUCCCCUCGCCGCCGCCUGCCCUGGAACUGCCAAUGCCCGCGGCGACCGCGGCGGCAGUCCCCUCCCAGCCGCACAGCUCGGCGGCCGGGGCUCCGCGGGGCUGAGCCGGGGCGUCGCGUAGCCUCCUUCAGGGCGAGAACGCGGUUAGAGCCGCUUUGGGGCUUC